UGGUCCUCCUAGUGGCCAGUUUGCCCGACAGAUGAUCAGUUUUUGGUUCGCGGCUUCUCCUUCAACAUCUGCUUCUCUCGAGAAAACGCUUUUCGAGGAACUUCGAAAGGUUCACAAGCAGAAAACAAGCACGGGGGCGGAAGGGAGCUCCGACGCUUCUUCGACCGAACAGAGAGAGAAUCCGGUCUAAUCUUAAGGAUUUGAGUUGGUUUGAAAGAAGAUAGGAGAAUUAGUCAGCAUGUCAAACAUAAUUCGUUUGGUAGUCAACAACUACAAUGAAAUCUUGGAGGCUAACAAAGAAAUAAUGAUAGAUUCCUGGCCAAUGAUGAACUCCCCUGGACCUAUGCUGUGCAUCGUUGGAACCUACUUAGCGUUCGUUUUAAAAGUUGGACCGAAAAUGAUGGAAAAGAGGCCGGCAUUCCAAUUGAAAAACGUGCUGAUUCUUUACAACGCGAUCCAAGUGCUUUUCAGUAUCUGGUUGACGCAUAAAGCUUUCGAACCGGGUGUUGCAUCCCUCAUGCUCUCACCUAAAUGUAAUAACGCUAAUCGAUCACUUACGGAUUUGGGAAUUCAAACCACGGUGACAAAAGCUGCCUGGUGGUAUUUCAUCGCGAAACUAGUCGAACUACUCGAUACAGUAUUCUUCGUUCUCCGAAAAAAACAAAACCAAGUGACUUUUCUACACGUGUACCACCAUACACUAACCGCGAUAUUCUCAUGGUGCUAUCUGAAAUUUCUCCCCGGAGAGCAAGGUGCUCUAAUUGGUUUCUUGAAUACCUUUGUGCACAUUGUCAUGUAUUCGUACUACCUGAUAGCAGCUCUUGGCCCGCAAUACAAGAAAUACUUGUGGUGGAAGAAAUACAUGACCUGGAUCCAGCUGGUGCAGUUCUUCCUGAUGCUCGGCUACCAACUGAUGAUUCUCGCGAUGGAUUGUAAGGUACCAAGGGCUCUUACGUAUUUCUUUAUCGCCAACACGAUAAUCUUCAUCUACUUGUUCGGCAACUUUUAUCGAAAAUCCUACACGAAAAAGCAAGUUUAACAUCUUCUAAAAUCAUCAAUGUGACGCUUUCGUCAAUCGAAAUGGUGAAUGAAUGAAAAUCGGAAGUCAUCCGACCUAAAGAUGAAAACUUUAAAAAAAAAAAAAAAAAAAAAAAGGAAACGGAAAAGAAAAAAGAAGUUUAUUAACGCAAGAAAGUCGAAUAAAAGGAAUAAAGAGACGGAGCAAAGAUCGUAUAUGAGGACAUAAUAGAACGACAAAAGACCGGAACAAAGCAGUUCUAAUUAAGAAAAGGAGUUGAAUUCAAGGUCCGUUCGAUUGGAGCGAUUUCGAUGAAUUUAAUUUGAAAUUCCAAUAAAUAACGAGCUCCGUUCGAGAUCUAGGCCAAUAGGUCCAAUGAGCAUACGAUGUCUCAGGAAAGAUACCGAGACGAUUCGUCAGAAGCUGGAGAAAGUACAACGAAAUCUUGACUGAAGCCAAAUCCCUGGGGGCGAUCUCUUUAAAACGAGGUGGGCUAUGAUUCAGGAAAAAGUCGAACAGAGAAGGCACUGUAUCUUCUCUAGACGACUGUCACACGUGAGCAUCGAAGAACGGUAAUUGCUUUCUCCUCGGAAAGCAAGACCCUGCGUCUACCGCUCCUGUUUCAACUUUUAAUCGAUUGACUCUUCCUAUGUGUGAUGAAUCACACAUCUUCACUAUUUGUGAUGAAUUCCUAUCUGGAGGAAUUCAUCACAAAUAGUAUAUUUCUGAAAUUAUUUUUUAUUUCCUCUUUCUUUUUAUUCAUAAGAUUUGAUAAUCUUUCAAAUUAAUUUUUAAAUUAAAUAGCUUUUGCCUUGCCGACUUUGUGUCGCAACUCUAUACGAUAUUUGGCUUUCACUGAAAUCGUUUCGUUUUAACUCCGAUGGAUAAGCUGUCCUAUGAAAAAUCUUCUUUACAUAAAAAUUUUGGCUAAGAUUAAUUUCCAUUUUGCAUUUUGCGAAUCAGUUUCGUAACUACAGUCAGGUGAUAUUGACAAAUGAUUUCAAAAUCAUGUAUCUAUAUAUAUAUAUGUAUCUAUCUAUAUAUACAUAUAUAUAUAGAAAUAACAAUAGCAUUAUUUACCGUAUAUAUAUACAUAUAUGUAUAUGUAUAUACGUUUAUACGUAUUAUAACGUAACUACGAUUAGACAUGUCACAAUAUUAUAGACUAUUCGAUAUAUCAUGAGACACCGAGGAAAAAAUAUUUUGUUGAUUCGUUCGAAAACGCGAAUAGUCAUUUACUUGUGUUUUGAACGAAUCAACGAAUUUUAAACGCAUAUCUGUCACGCCUGAUGCAAUGGUGUGCAACAUAAGCAGAAAUGUUGCCGUUAAUCAUGGCAUAUGUUGAUAUUCUGCAUAUUUAUAGAAGCCGAUCACAAUUAAGACAUGUAAAUACACAAUGUUAUUAUUUAUUCAUAA